CAAACCUUGGGGCACCGUCCGUUUUUAAAAUAUAUAUCUUAAUUUAAUAUUUUCCUCGUCUUGGAAAGGAUUAUUUGAUCACUUUUACUCACUGGAAUUGCUCGCACAACAAUAAGAUCUCAUCAGGAAACUCAUCAGCCACGACUCCGCCCUGACUUUCACCCCCGAAUGGAAGACGCGGGGGCUUGUUUCCGGAUUGUUUUUUGAUUAGAUCAGUUACCAGCGGAUUACGGGUUGACUCUCCACACAUUUGUCAUAAUCCUGGCCAUCUGAUUACCGAAAGGACCGCAGGAGUGUUUUUUUUCUCCGUAAAGGCACACGAGAUCAGGUCCAUGAAGAUGCCCGCCGUGCGGUAUCAGAGCGGGGACAUGGUGAUGGGCCGCUGGCCCGGCAGCAACCUGUACUACGAGGUCAAGGUGCUGGACUUUGAUGCCAAGAGCGGUCUGUACACCGUCAUCUACAAGGACGGGACGGAGCUGGAGCUCAAGGAGCCCGACAUCAAGAACGCUUCAGGUUUCCAGACCCGCUCCCGGUCCCGGUCCCGCUCUCCGGGCCGCCGCCGCAGCCUCUCUCGCUCCCCGGCGAGGACCACGCGGCGCUCGUCCUCCCGCACGGCGGCGGCGGCGGCGGCGUCCGGCGGCGCGACGCCCGUCACGGACGACGUAACGUCCUCCCGCCGGGACACAAGGCUGAAGGACGCGCUGGAGAUCCGGCUGAGCCCCCUGCCACUGACAAAGGCCGAGAACAAUGGCUACGAUAAGCAUGAAAAGAAAGAAGAGAAACAAAAAGAGCAGAACGCCACUGCUCACACGCUCAAUGAGAAAUGUGAGGCUGCGGUGGAGGCGGGGCCUGAUAAGAUCCAAGGCCGUUACAACCUGCGCCGCAGGAAGGACGACGGAGACGCCAAACCACAGCGGCCGGAGGAGAAGGACGCCAAGACGGCUGCCGCUGCCCCCCCCACCACCCCUCUGGACUUCGGAGGCAAGAUAGGAGCGUUCUUCUGGCUGCUCUUCCUGCCGGCCUGGGUUCUCUUCCUGGUUCUCCAAGUCAACCUGGAGGACCCCAGUCUGACCAACUUCCCCCCCCCUCUGCCCCCCCUCGACGCCUUCUGGGACCCCCGGGCUCUCGGCUUCGUGGUCCUCUGGAUCUUAUUCCAGGUCCUGCUCUACCUGCUUCCUGUUGGAAAGCUGAGCGAGGGCGUGCCGCUCCGGUCUGGGCAGAGGCUGAAGUACAGGACCAACGGUUUCUGGGCCGUGGCGGCGAGCGCUCUGGCCGUGGCGGCCGCGGUGCACCGGGGCGUCGACCUCACCUACAUCUACAGCCACUUCCUGCAGCUGGCGACGGCGUCCCUCCUCGUCGCCGUCCUGCUCAGCGUCUACCUCUACGGGCGCUCGCGGUACGCCGCCGGGGAGCAGCUGGCCCUGGGGGGGAGCUCCGGCAACGUGGCCUACGACUUCUUCAAAGGUCGCGAGCUCAAUCCACGCAUCAAAGAAUUCGACCUGAAGUUCUUCUGCGAGAUGCGCCCUGGUCUGAUUGGCUGGUGUCUGAUCAACUUUGCGCUGGCGCUGGCCGAGAUGAAGCUGCAGCGUCUGGACGCCCCGUCGUACGCCAUGAUCCUCGUGAACCUCUUCCAGCUGCUCUACGUGGUGGACGGCCUCUGGAAUGAGGAGGCCAUUCUCACCACCAUGGACUUGAUGCACGAUGGUUUUGGCUUCAUGCUGGCGUUCGGUGAUCUGGUGUGGGUCCCCUUCACCUACACCCUGCAGGCCUACUACCUGGUGGGCCACCCCAACCAGCUGAGCCUCCCGGCCGUCGCAGCCAUCGUCACGCUCAAGCUCGUUGGCUUCUACAUCUUCAGGAAGUCCAACUCUGAGAAGAACGCCUUCAGGAGAAACCCGUCGGACCCCAAACUGUCUCACCUGCAGACGAUCCCCACGGCGACGGGAAAGAGUCUGCUGGUGUCGGGCUGGUGGGGCACGGUCCGCCACCCCAACUACCUGGGAGACCUCCUGAUGGCCCUGGCCUGGUCGCUGCCCUGUGGCUUCAGCCACCUGCUGCCGUGGUACUACAUGAUCUACUUCAUCGUCCUGCUGGUGCACCGAGACGCCCGCGACAUGAGCGAGUGCCGGAGGAAGUACGGCUCGGCGUGGGACGAGUACUGCCGGACAGUUCGCUACCGGAUCAUUCCGGGCCUCUACUGAGGAGCCCGGACUCUUCUUCUACCCGAUAUUAUUACAGCCAUUAAGGCUCAGCAAAAAAAAAAACUUUCAUUUGAAUUAACGAUUUGACUUGUUAUAUAGUCUUUCUUGUGAAUCCAAGACUUUUAAAAUUCUUGAUUCUGGACUGAAGGAGAAACAGUUUUUCUAAUUUCAGAGAAUACGUUACUGAGUGGUAUCGUGGACUAUUUGAAGAAUUGCCUUUUUAUUUUAUUUUAUAGAACAUGUUGGCUUGAGUAGUUUAAGAAAAUGGUGGUGAGGGGGGGGGGGGGGGGCUUCUCUUCUAGGCCUGACUUGUUAGGAUGUAUAUUUUUGUAUAUACACAAUUGUUUUAUACUUCAAGAAUAUCUCCCAUUUGCAUCAUUUUGGUAGGUUUUGACUCUUCGCUCCCAAAAUGUCACAAUAUCUGCUCGGCUGCGAUGAAUCAUCGCUCCGUCCCACUCCGAUCACCCUGAGUGUGUAUGGCGUGACGGAUGGGUGGAUGAAUACUACCUAUUGUUAGAUAAUCUGCACAGUGGGACGAGGGCUCGUAUUCUUUCUCAGGACUCAAAAGUUUUGUCUUUGAAAAUGUUUUCUUUUCUUUUUUUUCAUGUAUUAUAGACAUUUAGUUUUGACUUGAGUGUAAAGUGAAGUUGGGAUGUUUCAUGAAGAACGUGAAGAGGCACGUUGACAUUUUAUUUUUCUUCAUCAAUCCCAAAGCGAUCGGUUUUUUUGAAUUCUCUGUAAAUAUUAUUUGGUGUUUUCAGUAAAAGAGAUAACAGUCGAGAUGUUUCUCAUUAGAUAUUUAAGAGCUUAUUUGUUUGGGUUUUUGUUCGAAUUUUUGACCACUCGUCAUGUUUACACCUCGAUCGACCACGAGAUCUCCAAAACAUUCACAGCAGAUGGCACUCUUGACUCAUUGUGGUGAUGAACACGUGUCUGAAGUGGGAAGCACUGAGAUAUAAAUAGGAGUCACAUCUGUGACGGUGGCAUUUAAAAGCUUUUCUAUGCAACUAUUGCAACCCAAAAAUAAAGAUUUACAGUAUUUACUUUUU